AUUCAAUACUAAAUAAAGGGUUGAAACUAAACCUACAAUAUAUAAUCUCAGCUCUUCUCGAAAGCACCGAUGAAUAAUACCAACCAAUCACAAUAAAAGCAAUUAUUUUGGUGAAUGUCAACCCUAAGCAAAGUGCCAAAACUAACAGAUAUCGAAAUCUGAUGAUUGCAGUGCAUGAUAGUCGGCCUGGCAGGGUUCGCCGUGGCGGAGCCGCCAGUGUCGUCUGGGUACAGCUACAACAGGCCAACUGGAGGCGGCGGUGGAUACUCCGGCGGCGGUGGCGGUGGUGGUGGUGGUGGCUACUCCCUCGGAGGCGGUGGAGGCUACACCCAGGUGUCCACUGGCUACCAGACCAACGAGGGUGCGUCCGUCGACGGUGCCCUGCUCGAGCAGAUCCGCCAGAUUUUACUGAAGGAGGAGUUGAACUCUCAGCAAACCGGAGGAUUCGGAGGCGGAGGCGGCGGAUACGCGCCUAGCUCCAGCUACGGUGCUCCGUCCAGUCAGUACGGUGUUCCUAGCUCGGCUUACGGUGCUCCUAGUUACCAAACCCGCGUGGUGGGCAUCGAUCUCGAAGGAAUCAGGCAGGCCAUCCAGGUGGCGCAGUUCAACCAGGUCAGCCAAGGACCUGGCGGCUACCCGAGCGGACCUAGCGGAAGCUACGGAGCACCGAGCAGACCGAGCGGUAGCUACGGCGCACCGUACUAGGAUCUUGAAGAUGAUGAUGAGCUUGGAUGAUGGGAGAGCGAGCGAGGGAGAAAAUGAGUGAGAACGAGUGGACACCAGUCGACCAUCG